UGCAUUCUUUACGUUCCGGUUUAGUUCCUUCUUUAGCUCCCUUUUGGCAUUGGUUGGAACUGUCACCGCCUUCUUGUUCGACUUGAGGCUGAGACCUUUUGUCUUUCCAUGCUUCAGCGAGAUAAAAUCAAGAUUUGGAUACCCAACCAGAUUAAAAAGCCUACAAUUAAACCCUUGGUUUCUAGCACCUGAUCGAGUGAAAGGAAUCCUGAGUUAAGAGGGUAUCCCCUAGUUUGUCUUUCAAAUAUUAGAAAUCUGUAAAAAUAAGACAAACGUCAGAAUCCAACAGAAGUGGAAGUGAUAAAAGAUACUAAAUUCGGAAUUCAAAGAAAUGAUUAAAACCAUCAACCCACCAUAAACGGAGAGUCGCGCCGGCGAGUUCGCCGUCCCGCCUCCGCCGCCGGGAUCGUCGCCGGUGGGCCUAGGGCGGGUGAAUUUUUAUGUUUGUACUUAUUAUGAGACUUAAAUAUUUGAAUUAUGUUAGUGUUUGAUGACUUAUGUGUUAAAAUGUUUGAUUUUAUCAUUGAUGAUGCAUUUAAUUGUAUAUUUAUUGUUUACAUUAGAGGUGAAAAAUAAUUUAAAAGAGAAAAAAUACAAGCUAACCUCACAAGUUCGGUUUUUCAUACAAAAUCGAACCGAAUUAUAAUUUGGUUUGGACCGACCGAACCAAAUUAUAAUUCGGUUUGAGGUUUGAUGGAAUUCGGAAACCCGGUAUGCAUUAUUUCGGUUCGGUUUGAACAGAACCGACCGAAUGCCCACCCCUAGUCCAUGGGGAGCAGGUCAGGCUGGAAUUGCUGGAACGAGUUGGGGGGACUCCGGGAAUUGGGCCGACGAUGGAAGGGUCGUCGCCGCCCAACUGGGUCACUACAAACCCAUGUGCCUCCCACUACCCAGGGACGCAGGGCGCAGGGGGGUUGCAGGUCUUCAACAACCGCCAUCGUGAGCCGCAACACCUUGGGCUACGACGCCAGGGCAGACCGAGUGGGCCAAAUUGGUGGGAGGAACAAGCGGCAACAAUGGAGGGUUGUGGGCUGGAAAUUCGAGCCCAUCUGCGGGGUAUGGGCCAAAUAUGGCGGGUUCAAUUGGGUGGGGCAAACUAAUGACCAAUCCGGGCGGACCGUAUGGGUUAGGACAACAAGGUGGGUUCGACCGGUGGCCAAGGUUUGAAGAAGAUCGAGUUGGACCAUUCAAACCCAAACUCACACGAUUGUAGUUUCCUAAAUUUAAUGGGAACGAGGAUCCUUCUGGGUGGUUUGCACGUGUGGAGCAGUUUUUCAAAAUUCAAAAGACACGGGAAGACCACAAAGUGCUCCUUGCAUCUUACCAUAUGGAGGGUGACACUAACCAGUGGUGGGAAUGGAUGGAUCGCACCUACCAAACAUCGAACAUGGCAAUCACGUGGCUGCUAUUUAAAGAGGAACUUUGGGCAAGGUUUGGACCGACGGAGAGCGCGUUAAGUCAUGAAGCUCUCGCAAAGAUCAAGCAAACUGGAUCUUUGGGAGAUUAUCUCUUGGAUUUUGAGAAACUAGGGAACCGAUGCUAUGGAUGGACCGAGGAGGCUCUAAUAGGAUCCUUCAUUGGUGGACUUAAAGUCGAAAUUUCUGACGCCAUUCGUAUGUUCAGGCCAACCACGGUAAGAGAGGUGAUUCGACUGACCAAGGUGAAGAGUGAGGAGCUUUCUAAGCAUUGAGGAGGUGGUCAAAAUUUCUCAAGGGUCUCUGUGGAGCCGGCAGCUGAACCAACCCCGCCACCUCGAAACACGCCGCCUCGCAAUCCAACAGCUAGAAGAAUGUCGCCGGAGGAAGUGGCGUGUAGGAGAGCUCAGGGGUUAUGCUUCCAUUGCGACGAGCGCUUCACCAUUGGGCACCGUUGUGCAAAUCUUAAUGUUCUUCUUAUGGUGGGGUCGUGCAAGGAAGGAGAGGAUUGUCAAUUCAUCGACGAGGAAGACCAACCUUGAGGGCAAGGUUGUGCUUAAGUUGGGAGGAUUGUUACGAGACGAGCCAUCGUAUCAAAUGGGAAAUUUUGGGCUCAUCUAUUUUUAUUAAUUAGUUGGUAUUUUACUGGGUGGUGUGUCUGGCUUGGCGAUUCAUUUCUGUCUGGGCGUUGUAAGAAGCAAGAUCGAGUGUCUAAAUCUUCGACUGAGGCAGAGUAUAGAGCCAUGUCCGAUGUGCCUUCAAAGCUCGAAUGGCUUCGUCGACUGUUAGGUGAUCUAGGUGUGGUAUGCGAUACUCAAAUGCAGCUUUUUGUUGAUAACACCAGUGUUAUUCAGAUAAUAACGAGUCCAGUACUGCACAAUAGGACGAAGCAUAUUGAGAUUCAUCUACACUAUAUUCGCGAUUUGGGGUUACACAACAUCAAUUUGCUAGCCAGAUAGGAGUGUCGACUAGUGACACGCCAAAACACAACACCUAACAAUGGCCAAGUGUAACCAAUGAAAGGGACUGCAGUAUAGUGGCACAAGUAAUAAAUAUCGAAUCCACGGGUCUCUAGAGUUACUAUUACUCAGCUUCAGUUCAUUAUCUAGCAAACUAGAUUAAGGGUUGAUUAACUAAACUACUCUACUAACUCAACUAAGUAAAACUACUAAUUACAGUUUGGGAACUCACUUAGGUAUGAUUCCCCCUAGCUCCUCAAUUAGGUCCAAGUUGUAAUUCCUUUUGGUUGUUUUACUUUUGAUUAAACUGCGGAAGAUCCGACAGUAGCUUGGAAUCUCUUAAGCUGACCAAGCCCUCUCAGUCUAACUAUCCGGCAGACGACUAGUCUUCACCGGGAUAGACAGCUGAAGCAAUAAGCACAGAACUCCACUACUGGAAUUGGAUUCCAGUACAAAGCAGUAAACUGGCUAACUCUCGUAUAGCCAAUCUCCUACUACCGAAUGAUGAGACUCUAGCAACCUAAUCAGAUUCUAUCUAUCUCAGAUUGCAGCAGGAAUCAGGAAAAGUUGAUCAGACUUCAAUUGACUCAAUAAACAUGCAUCAUUCGAUUAUAAUCAAACAACAUAGCAUCCAAAACUUCAUACAAGCAAGCUCCUAACUCAUGGAACUAGGGUUCCUCAAAACCCAAGUGAAGGGAAGUUACUCCAUAGAGAAGAGAGAGACUGCAGAAAUCUGAUCUAGAUCUUCAAUCUCCAUCUCCAAGCUUGAUUCCCGAGCUCCAAUGGCGAAGAAAUCCUCCAAAAUAGCUCCCAGAAUGCUCCCAAGUCGCUCUCUCUCUCUAGGGUUCGUCCCUUGGGUGUUUGGGAUCCAAAACCCAGCUCUCUCUUCUUUGGUUCGGAAUUUGGCUUAAAACCAGGAAAUCCCGACUCACACGGCCAGGGUGCACGGCCGUGCAUAUCACCAUUCUGGCCGUGCAACUCAAAACGCAGCGUGUCAUUUAGUCGAACUUCAGCCCUCUCGCACGGCCAGGGUGCACGGCCGUGCGAGCUUCAGGGGUUGCCCGUGCGUGUCCUCGGCAUAAGGCGCACGGCCAUAUUGCUCACGUGCACGGCCGUGCAGCCUCCCUGGUCUGCCCGUGCAGCUCCCCAAAAACCUCGCCAUUCGUCCGUUCUUCGUCCAAUCGACCCCAGACUCGCUCCUAAGCCUUCAUUCACGUACCAGGACCUGAAAUAUCACAAACAAGCACAACCUAGCGUGAAAUCGGCCUAAAACACGAGAAUCAACACCUCAAACGGUG